UCACUCUGCAAACAAACCAUAUGAGAAUGAAGAGUAUGGAGGGAAGCUGCAUGAACGUAAAUGGAUCAGAAAAUCUUUCAUUUCUCUCACAAAAGCUCAAAGACAUACUGGAGAGAUGGCUCAUACAUGGAAACGAUGUAGUAAAACCUUCAUUAACCUUAAAGUACACAAACAAACUCAUACAGGAAAGAAGCCCUAUCAAUGUAAACAAUGUGGAAAAACGUUUACUACUUACUCUUGCYUUCAUAUACAUGAACGAACUCAUACUGGAAAGAAGCCCUAUGAAUGUAAACAAUGUGGGAAAGCCUUUUGUAGUUCCUCUUACCUUCAAAUACAUAAACGAACUCAUACUGGAGAGAGGCCCUAUGAAUGUAAAAUAUGCGGAAAAGCCUUUGCUUCAACCAAUCACCUUCACUCACAUGAAGGAACUCAUACCAGAAAGAAGCCCUAUGAAUGUAAACAAUGUGGGAAACCCUACACUAGGUCCGCUUACCUUCAUAAGCAUGAACGAAAUCAUASUGGAAAGAAGUCCUAUGAAUGUAAACAAUGUGGGAAAGUCUUUCCCUGGUCCUCUUACCUUCAAAUACAUGAACGAACUCAUACUGGAGAGAAGCCCUAUGAAUGUAAACAAUGUGGAAAAGCCUUCACUACGUCGUCUAACCUUCAAAUUCAUAAUCGAAUUCACACUGGAGAGAAGCCCUAUCARUGUAAGCAGUGUGGCAAAGCCUUCACUCAGUCCAAUCAACUUCACUCACAUGAACAAACCCAUACUGGAAAGAAGCCCUAUGAGUGUAAACAAUGUGGAAAAGCCUUCAGUUGUUCCUCUUACCUUCAAAUACAUAAACGAACUCAUACUGGAGAGAGGCCCUAUGAAUGUAAAAUAUGCGGAAAAGCCUUUGCUUCAUCCAGUCACCUUCACUCACAUGAASGAASUCAUACMRGAAAGAAGCCCUAUGAGUGUAAACAAUGUGGGAAUGCCUACUCUAGGUCCUCUUACCUUCAUAUACAUGAACGAAUUCAUACUGGAGAGAAGCCCUAUGCAUGUAAACAAUGUGGAAAAGCCUUCACUACGUSGUCUAACCUUCAAAUACAUAAUCGAAUUCACACUGGAGAGAAGCCCUAUGAAUGUAAGCAGUGUGGCAAAGCAUUCGCUCAGUCCAUUCAACUUCACUCACAURAACAUACUCAUACUGGAAAGAAGCCCUAUGAGUGUAAACAAUGUGGAAAAGCCUUUUUUAGUUCCUCUUACCUUCAAAUACAUAAACGAACUCAUACUGGAGAGAAGCCCUAUAAAUGUAAGCAKUGUGGAAAAGCCUUCAUUGCUUCCCUUUACCUUCAGGUACAUGAACGAACUCAUACUGGAGAGAAGCCCUAUGAGUGUGAACAAUGUGGAAAAGCCUUUGCUUCCUCCAGUGACCUUCACUCACAUGAACGAACUCAUACAGGAAAAAAACCCUAUGAGUGUAAACAAUGUGGGAAAGCCUUCACUAGGUCCUCUUACCUUCAAAUACAUAAACGAACUCAUACUGGAGAGAAGCCUUAUGAAUGUAAACAAUGUGGAAAAGCCUUUACUACAACAUCUAACCUUCAAAUGCAUAAUCGAAUUCACACUGGAGAGAAGCCCUAUGAAUGUAAGCAGUGUGGCAAAGCCUUCACUCAGUCCAUUCAACUUCACAUACAUGAACAUACUCAUACUGGAAAGAAGCCUUAUAAAUGUAAACAAUGUGGAAAAGCCUUUUGUAGUUCCUCUUACCUUAAUAGACAUAAACGAAUUCAUACUGGAGAGAAGCCCUAUGAAUGUAAGCAGUGUGGGAAAGCCUUCACUAGGUCCUCUUCCCUUCAAACACAUAAACGAACUCAUGCUAGAGAGAAGCCCAAUGAACAUAAGCAAUGUGGUUGACCUUCACUUAGUCCAGUCUCCUUUACUUAYAUGAAUAAACUCAUACUGGGAAUAAGCCCUUUUACUACUUCAUCUUACUUUCAAAAACAUAAAUGAACUUAUACUAGAGACAAGCCCUAUGAUUGUAAGUCGUGUGGGAAAGCCUUUGCUAAUUCAUCUAGCCUUCAAGUACAUGAUUGAACUCUUAAUGGACAUAAGUUUUGUUGUGCUUUGGAUUUAAGGUUUUCACUAAAAGGUUAAAUGUGAAACAGUGCAAGAAGUUUCAGAGGAGAAAUGAUUUUCUCAUGAGAAUCUUAAACCAAUCAGUCCAUUAAUCCCCUGACAGGGAUUCACUGAGUGGUAGGGAGUGGCUGGAGGA